GAAGUUUCAGCACCAGAGAGUUUCUACUUCCGGUUCAUUUGACGCAACGUCCGUGUGCCUUCGCCACACUUGCAUUUCGUGUUUGUUCCUGUCUCUUAACCAACCGAGCUCAUUCAAAGCAUUUUCAUCGGGGAAGUACCCAACUUGGCUUGCUAGCUAAGACACGCUAAUCAGCCACCAGUCGCGUGCGGCCGCGUGUUGGACGCGUCCCAGAAGCGGCUCAACUCGUCGCACGCGAAAAGAACGGCAGCGUUUGUUUUAUGACGCGAGAACGGCCCUCCUGCGUCAAAACUACUAGAAUGAGUGUGUUAGGGGAAGAGGACGCUGCAGCUGUUAAAAAGGUGGAUGCAGGAAUUAAAUGCAGCUGGAACUGGGCCUGGCUUAAGCUGGAGGGCAAGGUAUCUGUGAAGGGACAAGAGGUGUACUUUCACGUGAGCGAUUUCUUUAAGAAAAUUGACAGACAGGGAUUGGCCAGGUGUGUCCUCUGCCACAAGCACAUAAAUUAUACAAAGAAGGGCAGCCAUGCUUUGAUUGCUCACGUCCAAACUGAGAUACAUAAGAAGAAGAUGGAAGACAUUGUGUCCACACAGAGUGUUGCCAGCAUCCUCCCAGCAUCAGCAAGCCAGAGCCAACCAGCUCAGGGCCCAGAGACUGUAAGGCACCAGUUCCAGGAAAAGAUGCCAGUCCCUGUAGUAAGCCGCAUUGCAAAUGCAGAGGCAAUGGUCCUUGGAACCCUGGCAGAGCAUUCCAUCCCCUUUUCAAUGGCUCCUGUAAUUGUCGAGCUUGCCCAGACCCUAUCCUUAGACAAACCAGCUCUUCAGGGAAUGAAGCUGUCACAGACAGCAGGGUCCUACAAGAUGAUACAUGGCUUGGAUUAUGCAGGUAAUGUGACAGAGAAGACUUUUUCAAACAUGAGAUUUUCCUUUUCUUCGAAUAUUGAUGAGUGCACCUCCAACAAUAACAAAAAGUGUCCCGCAGACGUUACUGAAGAAGAGCUUCACCCUGAGAAGCACAAUCCCCUCCACAUUAAACAGGAGGAGGAGUCGGAGAUGCCGUACAUCAAACAGGAAGCGGAGCCAGACACUCCCUACAUUAAAGAAGAAGAACAGGAAGAUGAAAUCCCUAAGUUUCCAGUGACCAUCAGCGUAAAAAGUGAAGUAGAUGAGGGUCCAAGCGAAAACAGUGGAGCAGCGAAACCUUUGAGCGACUGCUCAUUUCAGCAGCUGACAACAAAAGAAGAGGGAAGAACGCAACUGGACGGCCUCUUUGCUCCGCUUUCGGACACCGAUGACGUAACGUCACACUCUUCUGACUUUAAAACUGAUGAGGAGGAUGUUGACUUUGACCAAAAUGCUUUAAAAUCAUUAAACAGGUCAUCAUUGAAAAGCGACUCAAAAGAAUGUGCUGUUGGGAAACCGUUUGCCUGCACACUUUGCGGCAAAAGAUAUUCUCACAAGUAUCUUUUAAAAGUGCAUAAACGUACACACACUGGAGAAAAGCCUUUUGUCUGCACUUGUUGUGGUAAAAGAUUCAACGAGAUGAGAAAGUUAAAAAGACAUGCAAGAACACAUACUGGAGAGAAGCCUUUCGUCUGCUCACUUUGCGAUAAAAGAUUUUCUCGGAAAAUUUCGUUAGAAAGGCACAUGCGUACACACACUGGAGAAAAGCCUUUUGUCUGCACAUGCUGUGGUAAAAAAUUCACAGAGAAGCGAAAUUUAAACCAACACAUAAGCACACACACAGGAGAGAAGCGUUUCGCCUGCUCCUUGUGUGAGAAAAGUUUUUUUUUUCAGUCUCAGUUGACAAGACACACGCACACACACACAGGAGAAAAGCCUUUUGCCUGCACAAUUUGUGAUAAAAGAUUCACCGAGAAGGGAAAUUUAAACCAACACAUAAGCACACACACUGGAGAGAAGCGUUUCGCCUGCUCCUUGUGUGAGAAAAGUUUUUUUUGUCAGUCUCAGUUGACAAGACACACGCAUACACACACUGGAAAAAAGCCUUUUGCCUGCACAUGUUGUGGUAAAAGAUUCGCCAACAAUGGACAUUUAAACCAACACGCAAGCACACACACUGGAGAAAAGCGUUUUGUCUGCACAAUUUGCGACAAAAGAUUUUCUCAGAAGUCUGAUUUAACAAUACAUACGCGUUCACACACUGGAGAAAAGCCUUUUGUCUGCUCAGUUUGUCAUAAAAGAUUCUGUGGGAAGGGAACUUUAAACAGACACGCAAGAACACACACUGGAGAGAAACCUUUUGGCUGCUCACUUUGUGGUAAAAGAUUCACUCAGAAGGGGCAUUUAGUUUUGCACAGAAAAAAACACUGCGGAAAAACCUUUGAAAUAAAACCUAUUCCACUGGUCAACAGUCAAAUUUGUGCGUGAAAAAUGUAUGUAUUUGUCGCUAAAUUGAGGUCAUUUAAUGCAUUACAAGUGUCAGAAUAUAGAAAUUGUCUGUAGUUUGCGAGUUCAUACAGUUUAAAUGUUGUCAAUGAGAAUAUUUUUUAAAUAUCUGUAUGGAAUAUUUCCUUUAGGACACAAAAAGGCUAAUAAAUCCAAGAAUUUAUUUCAAUUUUUUUUUUGUAUUUUAAGGCUUUUUAUUUUGUAUAUUUUUAAGCCUCUUUUUAACUUUUGCACUGUAUAGGAUAAGCUCCCCUCAAACUCGUUGUACAUUGCAUGAUGACAAUAAAAGCUAUUCAAUUGUAUUAUAUUUGAAAAACUUGUGCUGCGCUUCCCUUUUUUUUAUCGUUUGUUCCGUUUCCAAACGAUUUGGUUUCAGGG